UCGGGCUAUCCUGCCCCGGGUGUGAUGCCUGGUGUCCCGACAGCAGACAGCCCCUUGCCAGCAAGCUCUGAGAAUGGUUCUGGAAGAAGACACUGGGGGCUGUGGAUCACGGCUGGCAUUGGUGGGACCCUGGUGGCGCUGUAUGCUGUCGUCACCCCCUUUGUGGCUCCGGCUCUGAGGAGAGUCUGCCUGCCCUUUGUUCCUGCAACUUCAGCUCAGAUUGAGAACGUCCUGAAAAUGUUACAAGGCAGAAGAGGCUCUGUAGUUGACAUUGGUAGUGGGGACGGCCGUAUUGUGAUAGCAGCUGCAAAAAGGGGAUUUGAAGCUGUUGGUUAUGAGUUAAAUCCCUGGUUAGUCUGGUACUCCAGAUACCGUGCCUGGAGGGAUGGGGUACAUCACAACGCCAAGUUUUAUAUUUCAGAUCUAUGGAAGGUUUCUUUUUCACGUUAUACAAAUGUUGUUGUUUUUGGGGUACCUCAAAUGAUGCCGGAGUUGGAGAAGAAACUCAAAGAAGAACUUGAAUGUAAUGCCAGAAUCAUAGCUUGUCGUUUUCCAUUCCCCUGCUGGAUCCCAGAUCUUACAACUGGAGAGGGAGUAGACACUGUAUGGGCCUAUGAUUUGAAAUAUUCUGGAGGAUUUGAAGCAAGAAACUUGAAAACUACACCAGAAAGAGAAUCUUGAACAUCCAGUGUGUUUAUGUACUGAAAUUUUCAGCUUUGACUUCAUUUGUUCCAUGAUAAGUGUAACGCAAAAUAUACCUCAGGGUAUGGAGGGCUAUAUUCUCUAAAAUGAUGGGGAGUACACUGAUUAUUUGAAAACAUAGAAAGGUAUAGUUUAAGGAUGUAAUGUGGUUGAUAAAAGAAUGAGAAAUCGUUACAGAAAUCAAUAACUGUGAUAUGGAAAAUGGAGUAAAACAAGGUACAGUAAUGUUAAGGGGAACUCGUAAGUUCAAAUACUUGAAUUGGCUAACCUAAAAUGUGUGUUCUUUUUGAUCUUAUGUAACGUUUGCUACUGUUUUUGGGGGUGGUAUGCCAUUAGCUUCUCAAAUGAGCCGUAGUUCCCAAAUGUCUUCAUUAGUUAAGCUAAACAAGCAUAAUCAAUAUACAUCAUACAUCAAACCGAUGCAAACUGAGUGUGGAGAGGCUGGUAUUUUGCACUUCAGUCAUAAAUGUGUGUUUUUAAAUGGGAUACGACACAACAAGCAAAUAUAAUGAGUACAUUUGUUAACAGAAUUGCAUCCCUUCAUUCUGAUUGUGCAUCUUUAUUUCUAUGGAGAUAAAACUGCAGGAAUGAGCUCUUGCUGGCAUAGGUCUUCGCAGAUGACCCUGAUUUUGUCCUAAGGUCUCUGAUUUGCAGUGGGGAGCUAUCACUGCUUUAAGGUUGUCCUUUUCUAACAUGGUUGCAACUCUUGUCUGUUUUGUAACAUUCUGCUUACUUUACCUUUCUUUUGGUUCUUGAGUAAAGUUUGACCAUCUUCUCCAAUUAACAAUAAGUGAAAAUAAAAUAGUAGCCUGCCUUGGCCCCAUUAUAAAACAACAGAAUGGCUGCAAGGGGCUUCCAAAGAUAAUUUAGUUCAAUCCUCCUCAAGCAAGGCUGGCUAGUCGGUUGCCCAUGGUCGUGUCAGUCAGCUUCUGAAUAUCUCUGAGGAGGGAGACUUUGCUAUGUAGUGUCCAUGUAAGUUUGUCAGACCUCUGUAUGUGAACUAUCUGUAGAACUAAGCUGGAACAAGUUAGGAAUUUGUCACCUGACCAGACACUUUUUUUGGGUCAACAAAAUGCCAACAAAAAGCGAUGUUUCAUUAGCAGUUGAAAAGGUGUAUUUCUUGGGCUUACAGUAUGUGACUUGAAAAUAAAUGGUACAGUAGAAUCUCAUGUACACAAAAAGAAGAAGGGAGCAAAUGUAUGUGCUAGAGCCUGCAAUGGAAAGGAUGAUUGCAGUCUUGCAUAUGGUCAAGUGCAGCUGUGAACAUCAAGACUAUCUCUUGAUGAAUACUUAUUACUGGUGAACCAACCUUUACAGCAUUUCACUACAGUGUCACAUAGAUCUUGUUAAACUACGCUAAACCCUUUCAAUGUUAUUUAAGAGAUGUAAGUAUUACAGUGAUAUGACUGGGUAUAGUGGCUUAUCUAAAAUGUCUAUGUUUAAUAUCCAUUUAAUGGCCUUAAAACUACAAUCUCAAAGGAUGUCUGAAACUGUUUCUACUAAAGUAGACUAUACAGAAGGGAUGUUAGCUUACCAAGCCGGGAGUCCUUCCCUGACUAUUUGUAAAGAGGAAGAAGCAAAAGAUUUUGAUAAAGUAAGGUUUGUCUCAUCUGUCAUGCUUUGCUUUGACCCAUCUUUCUGCUACUUGCUUUCACUGACAUUUACUCAUGUUAGAUUGCCUGGAAUGAAGCAGAUAUAUUUUCCCUUGUGUUUGGCUAUGUAUUUGUCUAUUGUAUUAUAAUUUACUUGCCUGUUAACACAUUAAUCUGAUUUUCCCAGUUCUGCCUUUAAAGACUGUGGUGUGGACUUCUUAGUUAUCAUCUACUGCUCCAGAAAUACUUGUUGAAGAGAGUGAGGUAGAAUUAAUGAUGUGGUGGCCUGAGCUUCAAGAACAUUAAGUGCUGUUCUCAAGGCAAGGAGGAAUUUAUGAUAGCUUUUAAAGCAAAGCAGAGGCCUAUUUCUUACUCUGGACAUACACCUUUUGUUAAGGAUCUACACUGAGAUAAGCAGUGGUCUAUAGGGUUUUUAUUCCUUAUUAUAUUAAGGAAUGCAGUGCAUUUCUUGUUUUCAUGCCUGAAGUGCAAAACAAAGUGAAUUGUUCUGUUUAUACAGGGAACUGAGAAAGCAUUUUCUUUUUAUGUCAUUUUCAGUUUUCACAAUCACUUACUAGUAUUUAAUCGAGUAAGGUAUCAAACGAGCAUAACCAUGGCUUCAGUUUUCACUGUAUGAAUUAUAUUGCUACACUUCCAAUUGCUCAGAUAAUUAUGAUUUCAUUGAUGUGCUGCUUCAAAGUACCAACUUGUUACUUUUGAAAACUAAAAAAGCCUUUGAGAACAGGCUUAAUCAAAUUAUAGUGCCAGACUAAAGCCACAAGAAGGAAACCCCCAAGCUAUGCAUACUGCUGUUCAAAAUUAAGGUAAUUCAGAUGCACAGAAAAAAAACAAAAACAAUUGUUUUAUCUUUGAUUGUUUUCUAGUAGAAUCACCUGAGUUUUGGGAGCUACUUGUCCCUUGAUGUAUCUUAGCAGAGAAGAAAUGUUGCUGCAUUGCCAAAUGAGUAAUGCUUUACUGAAGUUCAGUAGAAUUUGAUCUGUGUGAAAAUAAAUCAUAGUUCUUCGGGCAGUGGUUUGAUUACGAGAGAGCCAUCUGAUAUGCACAUUGCUUGGUGUAUGUUGCACAGUCAGUAUGGCUACUCCAGUCUCAACCAAGCUUGUCCAGAUCUGUGUAUUUGUUUGAUGAGCUUUAGGCAUUUCUGUAUUACUAGGUGUUUUCAAGUUCUUGACUUACCCUCUGGAGUGUGAUAAUAUGCUGUCAUUUAAUCUAAUACUGCUCCAAGGAAGCUCAUCCUCCAUCUCUGCAUUGCUGUUUAUUUGUGACUCAUGAAUUGUAGCCAGGUAAGGAGAUGCAAAAUCAAAUUUAUAAUACAGUGCUUCAUUUCAGAAGGGUAGGGGAAUGAGUAUUAUGUGUGGGGAAAACACUUCCAGGGCCCAGGCUUAGGGAAAGUCUUUUAACUUUAAUAAAGGAUGUGUCUCAUGAGGCACCAGAGAUCACCUACAUUCUGCACUGGUAUUGUUUUUAAGACAUUUCUCAUCUGAACGUACUUUAAAAAAAUGUUACCACCAUUGCAAUACCAUUAAGAGAUCUGAAGAGGAAGUAGGCAUAGGUAACAUCUUUUCAUGUUCUAUGUUUUGUACUGCGGGGUGAAGAGAGGAAGGGUAUCUAUAGGCAGAGUAUGGCACUUUGAACCAUUCCAAAAGCAGUCUGACAGACUAGCAUCAUAUAUCUGUGUAUUACUCAUUGGAUUUGUGCAUUCGUAUUAAGAAUGAGCUGUGGGGAAAUGAGAGUCAGAAGUGAGUCUGAUGCCAUUAGGCUUGAUUGGAACAGGGAUUUCUCAUUGAUUACCUCAGACUUCUGUAGUUUAUUUUUAUUAUGGUUUGCAAAUACUGAAGCAUUAUUCAAGGAAACAUGAUUCUUUCGAAUACAUGAUUCAAGAGGGCACUCUAACAUCGGAUUUAAUGACAAUAAAUUCUGAUUUAAGUUAUUUUUCUUUUCCUAAGUUUGCAGUUUGCAUAUGUCUAGAUUUAUGAUGUAGCUGCAACCUGUUCCCCCCCCCCUCUCCCCUGCAGAAAUAGCUCAUUUCUGCCAGAAGAAUUCUGGAAUUCUUGAUUAAAAAUGUGGCUUCUAUAUUUAAUUGUUAAAAAAUUACUCCUGUGUGUGAAAGCUGUAAAAAUGAAUCUUGGUAUUUUUUUUUUGUUGGUUAAUCUUUAUUCAUCCUCGUAUCCUUAACUUAAGAAGACUUUAUUAGUUGGCUCUUUCUUUGUUCUGUUUUUUUAUUUCUUCCUCUUAUUUCAGCAUUUGUUUUUAUUUUUCAUAAUGUCUUACAGUUUUGAUUAUGUGCUCUCACAAAUUCUUCUUCUGUAAACUGGUAGCUUUAUUUUAUCAGCAAACCUUGUAGGAAGACUUAGUGUUUUGCAGGAAUGUCUUUUUUCUCUGUAGAUUUUUUUUUUUAACAUGUAUUUAACUUUAAACCCCUUGUUUUAUUUAGCUGUCUGUAUGCUGACACAGCAUGAUUUUUAUUUCCAGUAAAUGAAAGAAAAACACAUCCAUCCAUAUGGUUUUGAGACUGAAAAACAGCCUUGGUCUACAACAAUUCUGGCUGUUUAGUAGUUUUAAGUACUUAAUUUAGCAUUUUUAUUAUAUUUCAUCACUUGGGAAAUGAACACAGGCCUUUUACCCAUUCAGUAGUUCUUCUCGUUGGGUUAUUUGUUCAGGUGGGAUUUUUGCUGAUUUCUUUUUCUUAGUAUAAUGUUGGGUUUUCUAUUACAGACUUCGGUUGAAAUGUGGAACUAAUGUUUUUGCUGUGAAUUGCUGAGUAGUCCCUGAAAAAUCACUGUAAUACAGCCAAGUGAACUGCUAUGAUUGGUUAAAAAAAAAACCAAGUUGGUUAAGUUUAAGUUUAAAAGUUAAAAAAAGCCAACUGCUUUACCAGUAAAUGUGAAGGGAUACUUCUUGGUUUACUGUGUGUGCUGUGCUCUUUGAAAAUAAAGUAUGUUUUGCAAGACCCUA